GCUGGCUGGACGAGAGAGGAGCGGAGCGAGGAGCGCCGUCGACCUCCUCCGUGGCAGUUAGCUCAGUGUUAGUGUGGCGGCGGAGAAAGAAGCACAUCCCGCUAACACCUCCUUCGCUCAACCACCACGUUUUGGAAAAAAGCCGAUGGUUUUGGUUGUCCCGCUCAAAACUUGGUGUUUUUAACUCACGCAUGAAAAGGGAUUAAACAUGGUGUUCGCUCUUAGAGGCGUUGUUGUUUCGUGUAGUUUGGUAUAUCGAGUAGGAUUAAAGUUCUCUUAAGUUGUUUGGUUCGCCAGGAAAUUCAUGGCAGAAUUGAGUUCUCCGUAGGAUUUAAAAAAAUAAAAAAGUGAUUGAAAAGUUUUGGAAAGCUGUAUUUUUGACAGUUGGCCCUGAUAGCCCCCUCUCUUCUUAGCAGAGUUGUCCGACUGAAAACUUUCAAUGAUUAAAGUUCCAUGAUAGGAUAGUUUUAAGAACUUUGUAGAUGUUAUUAACUGGCUUUAUCUUGUUGAGGCUGCUGUCAAUACUUACUUACCGAAAGGGAAAUAAGAGAGAGGAAAUGAUUGAAAGCGCAUUAAAGCAAUACAUUCCAAGAACAACGGUAAAUGAGUGACACUUGAGAUUCAGUUUGGGUCUUAACGUACUCUGUGCUCGUGGGAAGCCGAAGAAGGAUACCACCACACCUUCCCCCUCAAGGUCUUCAGCCUUCAAAGGACGCCGCCAUCUUGGAAAGAGAAGAAGAAGAAGAAGAGGAGGAGAAAGAAGAAGACGAAGAAGAAGAAGAUUGCGCCGACUUGACUCUCCCGGAGCUGGCGGAGGACGGUUCCAAUCUAAAGGCAUGAGAAGAAAAGAGGGUUAAUAUACGUUUCUGUGAAGAUGCCUUUACCUUGCGAGAGAGUUUGACAAGUUCGAGAUGGUGCAUCCUACGAGUCCCUUCACCGACAUCCUCGCUGGAAACGACAAGAUCUAGAGCGUCCUUCCGGUCUCCAUAUGGCACCAGAUACUUCAAGCCCUGUUCGUCUGGAUGGAUGGCUUCGUCGUUCCAAAUUUCCAGCUGAUAACUAACAUGAAAUGGUUUUAGGUUUUGGCCUGGCGUGUGCAUUUGUAGAUUGGCCUUUACCGCGUUCCUCUGGAAAUAUCUAAGAUUGGGAUGUCCUCUGAAAAUCAUUUGUGAUGCCUUUAUGAUUUUGUGACUUUUUAUCCCCGCGUAGGAUAAUCGUAUACAUGAUGGUAUACAUCAGGUUAUUCCCUUUCUUAAUAUUAAAUGGUUUACAUUUACUUUGAAUAUUAAUUGAUGAUAACAUCUUUGCACUGAAGAGAGCAUAUUUAUACCUUCCCGCAAAGGCCAUGGUUUAUCUAUCCUAUUACCUCAGUAUGAACCACAGGACGCCUAUAAGCAAUCCUAGUUUUCCUCAGGCCUACAGAAAACGGAAAACAGCUGUCAAAGUGUGGCUCUGGGUUUGGAUGUGGCUAUGGAUGGGAUCGGAAACGAUGGGCGAGUGUCCAAAAGUGUGCGAGUGCAAGUGGAAGGACGGUAAGGAGACUGUAUCUUGCCCUGAUGCGGAAUUCAUUGAUAUCCCCCGUCGCCUUGACCCAUCAACACAAGUACUAGAUCUCAAGCGAAAUAAUUUGCAAAUUCUUCCACGGGACGCAUUUGUUGACACUGGCCUUGUCAACCUACAGAAAGUGUGGCUCACUCACUGCAAACUCAAACACAUAGAUCGAGGAGCUUUCAACAAGCUCGCAAAUCUCGUCGAGUUGGAUUUGAGCCACAACAUGCUGCGAUCGGUGCCAUCGUCUGCCCUCACCGAUGUCUCUGGUCUGAGAGAUCUCCGCCUUGCCAACAAUAACCUCACAACCCUGCCUGGUGAAGCGUUCACUCCCGUGCCAGACCUUGUCCGGCUCGACAUUUCUGAUAACCAGAUUGAUGAGGUGAAUGAAAAAGCCUUUCGUGGUCUCACGCGCCUUGAAGUACUGAAACUAGCUGGAAAUAGAUUUACAACCCUCCUGUCCAGCGUUGUGCUCCCCCUGGUGGCAAUUCACGAACUUCACUUGGAGGCAAACCCAUGGGACUGUGACUGUGUGUUACGUCCGCUUAGGCAGUGGAUGAUUGAUAGAAACGUUGCAUUUGCAGCUCCACCCAUUUGCUCUUUACCUCCCAGGCUGAAGGGACGCCACUGGCAGAUCUUGACGUUAGAUGAGUUUGUGUGUGAGCCUAAAGUCACAGCAGUUGCACCAAGGGUUCUUGCUGCCCAUGGAGAGAAUGUGACCCUGGCCUGUCGAGUAGAAAAAGAUACAGACGUAAUAGUCACGUGGUUUAUGGGUGAACGUCUCAUCAGAAAUGCUACAGAGUCAAAACGAUAUAAAAUCUUAGAACAAGUAACACCCAACUCCUUAACUCGUGUUUCAAACCUUACUAUAGCUGGGGCUGCUUUGCAAGACCAAGGCACCUAUCGUUGUGUGGUUGAGAACAAGGCAGGUAUUGUUGAAACAAAUCUAACUCUUCAGGUCUCGGAUGAAAUAGCGGAGGUGCGCCUAGUGACAAUGGACCGAGUUUUCGUCACGGGAGGUCUUUUAAGCGCCGUGGUUGUCAUCGUCAUAGUGCUGCUGUUGUUGACGGCCGUUAUCUUUCGUAAGCGGCAGCAGUCUCGCAGACGUGGGCACGAAAUCGACCACAAGAUCGAAACCCCUCAGUCUUCUCAAGGCCAAGGAAGCAAUGCGAGCGAUUCUCAUCCAAAGUUGUCCGAGUACCACAUCGUUCCUACAAACGACAUCGACGAUGCCUCUCCCCUCCCUACACAUUCAGAUAAGUCUUGGAUGCUGAGAGAUGCAUCGGUGGAUGACUUCCCCUCAACAAAGGACAUGGAAAAGUCUGCCCUGUAUGCGGAGGCAGACCAGAGGAGACUGCAGAAGCCAAUUCAGGACCGCAGUGGCCAGCAGCCUUCCCCUAGCACCGUGUCCUACGUCGAAAUUCCCAAGUCGGAAAUGGCGGCGACGCAGGAGACAUUAGAGGACAGACUGCGAUGGAAAGAUCAGUCUUGCGACAGCAAGGACAACCUGCUCCGCCAGGGGUGCAGCCAGGCAGGUUCUCAGCUUUCUAUGGGCAGUGGGGGACCUUACCCUGACUUGCUUGACUUGCCGUAUACCCAGCAACAGUCGCAGUUGCUGCAGGACGAGAGAAGCCAUACCUUACAGCUACUCAAUCCUGCUUACUGCACCAUGCCCAGAAGUCCAAGGGUUGCGUACGAUGGUCGUCCACAUCAAACGUCCGUGACCGCGGAGGAUGUUGGGUUGACCGAAACAUCCUUUAGCAGGCUGACCGGUGACCGUUAUAGGUCAGCCAGCGCCCUCAACUUGGCCCUGAAUGAGGCGUCCCAGAGCAGCAAUAGUAGUAACUACGAUCAUCCGCCCAUUCGUCAUCAGCAUUCCCUCCCCGACACGGCGCCCAUUCUGCAGGCCACGGAGGCCACCCUAAGGAACCUCAUGGCCGCCCGAAGGCCAGACUUUGCUGGCGAAGGUGGCGCCGUUGGAGGCAGCGAUCUGGACGCGACGGACGCGUGUCGAUUCCAGUACCACGCCCAGCAACUGGAGAAGUUCCUGCUCGAAUACAGAAGCCUUCAGGAGCAGCUGUACCGCAUGAAGGAGUCCUAUGAAGCUCAGCACAGAAGGAGCGGGUCUAUGUCGAGGAUAGACACUAUUCCCGAGAGCGACAGUGACAUCGGAGCCAUCGCACUGCCUCCUCGCCAGGACCCCCCGCCUCCCUCCAACACUCCCUACACGCCUCCAGAUCCCGGGUUGCCGCAGGGAGGGCUCUUAGGGCCGACAGAGCCCCUGCGCUCCAUCCUGAAGAAGAGGUACGAGGACGGCGCCCGCGGCCGUCAGGGACCCUACUCUCGAAGUGCCUAUUUUGGGGAUGAACUGGAAAUCCUCCGACCAACUUUCGGGCUGCCCGUCAAAAAGUUCCCCGACCGGGAGUCCUGAGAGAGACCAAUAAAAGGAGGAGACGAAGAAGGGGUAGUAGCAGGAGAGGGAGGAGAUGCCACGAAGAAGAGGGAGAAGAAGAGAGAGCAAACAAUAGGUGGUCAUCCUAACGAAGGGCAGAGACAGAAUACGGAAACUGUCGUCGACAGUGACCCAAAGAUGUGAUUUUUUCCUCCUCACAGCCGUCACGAACCGUCCAUCUCAUAUAGAGGCAAGCCACUGAGGGUUCUGUUUGGCCCGUUUAAUGUACAGUUGUAGAAUUCCGCUGCCCCCUUUUUGGACUCCUUGGGAAAGGAACCAAUCAUCUGGGUGUAAAAAUAAAAAGUAAAAAAAAAAAAAGUAAAUUAAAUUUUCACUCAUUGUCAGUCUGUUCUGCGUGGACAUCCUCUUGAAUCUUUCAUGCGUUUCAUUCUUCCCGGACUCUUUCUUUUUUUCCGCAUACUUGGAAACUGUGAUGAAUGUAGGUCCUAGUUUAAAAAAAAUAAAACUCGAUUCUUUUCCCGUCUUUUGUGAAUAAUCGGUGAUGGUGGACCCCUAUUCAAGAAAACGUAUGAAAACGAGAAAGUAAACAUAAUAAGUCUUCGCUCUGAAAUUUAGGACAAAUGGUGUUAGCACGGAAAAUGAAGAAAGGAAAAAUAAUAACUCGUUGUUCUGCAAUUUAGAGAAAAUGGUGUUCGCACUUUUGUAUAUUUCUAAAUGUGGAUAAAAUGGGAUGAAAGCGAAUCUUUGUUUGUUACAAGCAGCGUUGCGUUGUAACUCCAUUUUCAAGGUUAUUUGAAAAAAAAAUUAAAACAGCUGGAAAAAGAAAAUCACGGAGAUCAAAAAGAAGGUCUCUCUUUGCAUCCUAACUCUAUUUAUAAGAUUAUGGAAAAUUGAAUUUAAAGAGUUAAAAGGUAAAGGAAAACAUUGACGACGUCAAGAAGCUUUCGUAUUGUACUUCCAUGUACGUAAGAUCAGGAAAAAUUAGUUAUAAACCCACCAGUAAAAAAAAAAUAAAGAAAACUUCUCCAGAAAAAAACAUAUUUUUGUGUCAACUGUGAAAUAUAGAAAAAAUAAAGACAGGAAAUCUAGGGAUUAAGAGCAAUUGAACGCAAAGAAAAGCAAUGUAAAGAUACUACGUAUUUAUUUGGUCGGGAAAAUUGAGUCACGUCAAUUUGCCAAAAUUGAUGUUCCUUUGUUUUUUUUUAUGAACUUCAUUUAAUUUGUGAUACAUUUAAGUAUAAUUACAGAGCCUCAGAAAACUUUAACUGAAGAUAUCGCACAAAAAAAUAUCCAAACGGUCCAACUGAUGUUUGUGUUGUUCUGUUGCCUGUCUGAGAGAGAGAGAGAGAGAGAGAGAGAGAGAGAGAGAGAGAGAGAGAGAGAGAGAGAGAGAGAGAGAGUAAGUCCGUUAACUACUCAAAAUAUUUCUGAAAGAUCGGUGUUCUUAAUCUUUAUGUGACCGUGUAGGUGACAGCAAUAUAUUGCCAAGUCGUCCUUUUUCAGUAAAAAUUGUUUGCCAAAGUGCUGAGUUGCAGUUCAUCUUGAUUUUGACGUUGUACAUUUUUUUAUUACGAUCAAAUGUACUUCAUUUAAAUUCUGCUCGAUUUUUUUUUCAGCGUGAUUGACAUGUCAGUACCACAUUGCGAUUAUCUUGACAUAAUUUCCAAAGUUUGUUGGUUCCUGAAUGUAAACUUCAACAGUUACUAACAUAUCUCUUGACAUCAUUUUCUUUUACUUAUCUAACAUUAAUUAUUGGCAUUUACCAGUUUAUACGUCUUCGGCACAACUCAUAUAGCUGUCUUUGUAAACCAGAAUGAGUGUCUUUGACUGUCAAAACCCCAUUGAUUAAGCACUGUGGGUAUGUCAUUUACGCAUAAUAGAUGUUGCUAACUGUAUUCUUGUGGUACACGUUCCGAAAAAAAAGAUAAUUUGUCAGAUAUGGGGCCAAGGAGAUAUAAUCUGUGUUAUGGAAUAACUUAGAAAAACAAACUCCUUAGAAAGACUCCAGUUCUGAAUGCCGUGCAUUCCAGGGAAGUAAGAUGACGAGAAUAAAUAUGCUUUGCACUUGGUGUUUACAUGAAACUGUUCAAUGCUUGUGGAUGUUAUUACUUCUUUCAAUGGAUCUAAGUGAUUCUACCUGGAAUAAACCUGAUUCCCAGCAAUAUCCAUUUCCUUUCACAAAGUGGAGCGUUCUGAGAUUCGCUUACAUAUUUCAAUGAACUAAAGAUUCGCACGUAAGUCUGGAACCCGUGCAGUAAACCAAUGCGGUGUUUGUUUGUUUGUAUGUGUGUGUGUGUGUGUGUGGUAAAUAUUGUUCUGAGUCUGACUGACUUGACAGGUUUGACAGUGCUGUUUCGUGGGCGCUUUUGCCAGCGAAGUUCGCAUAUCGAACGGAAAAUGUAGCAAAUUCAGAUUCACUCGAACACUGACCUUACAUGAGACGUCUUGGAAGAACGCCGGAAUCGUCAUCAUUAUCAUCAUCCCAUCACAGAUAACUGUGGUUUCUAUUUCGUGGUGACCUUGGAAACCUUAAUUAAGAAUUGCUGUUAUGAAAUCUCCACCGAAGCCAUGUAUGCGUGUAUAUAUAUACAUAUAUAUCUAUAUACGAUUCAACACCAUCCUUUAAGUAUGUUAUGAAUGAACUAUACACAUAUACUUCAUAGUUUUGUAUAAUGCAGUGUUAUUUUUAUACAAUAAAGACUGG